UAUCGCUUUGUAAAUUUAAGAUAUGAUUUCAUCCUCUUAUUCUCUGACAGAUCCGGAUCAGAAUGGCUAUGAUGAAUGUAAAGUUACAGAAUGUAACUAAUGAUAGUAGUCAGUACCGUUGUGAGUUAAAAGAACACUUCAAGUACAUUCUCCUCCCGGUGAGUUACUCUCUGGUGUUUGUGUUCGGUCUGGGGUUGAACAUCACGGCCAUGUACGUCAUCUUGUUCCGAACCAAACACUGGAAGCCCAGCACCAUCUACAUGAUCAACCUCAACGUCUGCGACACGCUUUACAUCCUCACUCUGCCGUUCCUCAUCUACUAUUACGAUAAUAAGAACGACUGGCCGUUCGGUGAGCUGAUGUGUAAGCUGAUUCGCUUUCUCUUCUACACAAACCUCUACGGGAGCAUCCUCUUCCUCAGCUGCAUCAGUCUGCACCGGUAUUUAGGCAUCUGCCACCCGAUGCGCUCUUUGUACUGGAUGAACGGCCGUCGCGCUCGUUUGGUUUCUGUGGGAAUAUGGGUGAUCAUUCUCAUCUUACAGGCACCCAUUCUUUAUUUCUCCAGGGUGAGACUUAAUGGUGACGAUUGGGUCUGUCAUGACACCACCAUCAACGAGCUCUUCAAUGACUUUCUGGUCUACAGCUCGGUGGUGAUGUUUCUGCUUUUUGUCAUACCGUUUGGAGUGGUGCUGGUCUGCAACAGCCUGAUGGUGAAGAAACUUCUUGAUCCCGGCGAUCUCAGAGAACCAAUGUCACAGCACUCAAAAAAGAAGUCGGCGAAGAUGAUUAUCAUUGUGCUUCUGGCUUUCAUGUUUUGCUUCUUGCCUUUCCAUGUGAACUGCAGUAUAUAUUACACCUUCCGUUACCUGGACAAACACGACUGCAACAUAAUACGACUCUCCAACAACAUCUACAAAGUCAUGCGAACUCUGGUCAGUCUCAACAGCUGCAUCGACCCCAUCCUCUACUUCAUGGCAGGACAGAGCUUCAGAAACAGCAUCAACAAGAAAUCAAGCAUAAAGUCUGAAAAAUUCCCACUCAACAUUACAGUAAAAAUGUCUUUAUUUCAUAGAAUGACUAUACGUCCUUUUUUCCUAGACAUGUCCUAGCCAGGAUUUCUAAAUUGCCUAAAAUGUUCGGUUUUGGCUUUGUUUUUAUACUUGCUAAAACGAAUAACUGAAAAGUAGUUUGACCAAUAGCAUGCAGGCAUAGUGCAUAAUUGACCAAUCGUGGCAUCCAAGAAGGUGGGAUCUACAGAAAACGGUCAAAGAAUGCAAUGCAAAUACAUGUAUAACGUAGCCUAUGAGGACCGCAGAGAGAGCAGCAAUAGGAAAACAAAGCCAAAACCCGGACAUUUUAGGACGUUUAGAAAUACCGGCAAGGAUCUGCGAGGCAAAAUAGGGCUUUUCACACUGCGCUUAACCUAUCGUCAUUAGAGGAAUGCUUCACACAUGUAGCUAAUUUAAAAGUGAGGUUAGCACCGUUUUUACCCGGUGAGCAAGACACCCAAUCGCUUGCCUCACCUGUGAAAAGGUGACGGAAAAUGUGUCAAUUGGAGUGAAGAGGCCGUUUUAUUAUCUCCUAUAUAAUACGUAGCUGAUUUAAAUCUUAUAUAUAUAUAGCUGCCUUCACGCCAUGUCAUAAUUACUUCCAAGUCCGCAGUUUUAGCGAUCUCUCCCCACGCUAUUUCCACAAAGGGGGAUCUCGCGUAGCCAGACCUUCAGUCUGACUGCAGAAGGUCUGGGAUCCUUGGCCGCUUUCAAUGGGCUAGUCCCACCCAAGAGGCCAUAUGACUGACAGACAGGAUGGUGACCUCCGGCGUCUUGACCAGGUUAGUGGGGCUCUUGUGCGUACCGAUGGGCAGCAGUAGCUCAG